AUGUUCAUUGACUCUAAUACGGUCAAUAUUACAUUUUGCAAGUCCGGUUUGUUUGCUAAUACGAUGACUUGCAGCGUAUGCUUAAGAAGUUGUCUAAUGGCAUAUGUAAAGCGUAAGAGUGCUCCAUAUGAAUAUAAUUGGGCUUGUAAAAGACCAUGUUUACACACAUGUUCUAUAAGAACAGGCAGCUUUUUUGAUUCUUUCAAAAUUGGUGUUAAAGUUAUUUUUAAGGCCAUCUAUAAAUACCCCGUUAGAAUUUCUUAUAUAGAUAUUGCAUGUAAACUCAACAUAUGUCGGCAAGCGACAAGUGGUAUAGAUAAUCUAAUUGGGAAAUCUAUUUGUGAAUAUAUGGCUUUCCAGACAAGUAGAACGGGUGGAAUGGAUGAGCAUGGUGUGCCGAAAGUUGUGAAGAUAGAUGAAAUUUUAUUUUUUUAA